GGUAUUAAUGGGUGGUAUGUUCCCCCAGUUUGCCUAUUAUUGAAAGUCCUUAUGUACAUGCAGCAGUGCAAGGCAUAUGGUACUGUUAUUUUACCUUUGUGGAGAUCGGCGAAUUACUGGCCGUUUUUGUGUCCCAAAGGUAUUCAGAAACGAUAUUACAGAGUUGCCAAAUGAUCUUGACAGCUAUUUAGCAAUUAUUCCCGAUUUGUUAGCGCAAAGUAAAUCAGACAACACAGUAAAGAAAUACUACUAUGGUUUUUUGAGAUGGAAAAAGUGGGCCGAAAUCAACCAUAUUUCUGAUGUCGAUAUUUUACCGACAAAACCGUUAUAUUUGGCUUUAUACUUAGCUUCUUUAGUGCAAUUUUCUGCCACGUCUAGCCCCGUAUGUGAUGCAUAUUAUAGUAUAAAGUGGGCGCAUUCGAUUAUUGGUGCAGAUUCUCCUACAGAUUCGCAACUAGUGAAAUGUGUUUUUGAAGGCGCUAAAAGGAAAUUAGGCUCACAAAUCAAGAAGAAAGAGCCGAUAACUCCUGAGUUAUUGCAGGCUAUGUAUGAUAAGUUUUUUUGUGUAGAAAAUAUUUUUUCACAACGUACCAUUUGUGCGUGUAUAUUGGGAUAUGCAGGAUUUAUGCGUGUAUCAGAAUUGUUAAAUUUGCGAUAUUUUGAUAUUAAUUUCAAAACAUCCCACAUUUCAAUUUUCAUCGAAAAAAGCAAGACGGAUAUUUACAGAGAUGGAAACUGGUUGAUUAUUGCGAAAACCGGGACAACGUUGUGUCCAGUUCGAAAUUUGGAAUUAUAUAUGCAAUGGAGUGGUAUUCAAUCUGAUUCAAAUCUGUAUUUAUUCAGAAAUUUGUCGCAAGUGAAAGGAAAAUUUGUUUUUCGUUCAAUGAAUAAGCCUUUAAGCUACACAAGGAUGAGGGAAAUUUUCAUUGAUGCUUUUUCACCAUUUGUUCCCGAUAUAAAAUCAUAUGGAUUACAUAGUUUACGAGCUGGGGGUGCUACAGCCGCAGCGAGAUUUGGAGUUUCAGACAGACUUUUUAAACGUCAUGGACGUUGGAAGUCGGACACUUCAAAGGAUGGCUAUGUUAAAGACGAUUUAUCAGAACGUAUGAUCGUCUCCCAGAAUUUGGGAAUUUAA